AUGCUGGCCCAGGCCGGCAGCAGCCUGCGCAUCAGCAGCGCGCGGCUGGACCUGGCGAAGCUGUCGGACCUGCUGUGCGGCAGCGAGGCCCAGAUCAUGGAGGGCAGCCUCUGGCACAAGGGGUUGGGGCCGGGGCGGCGGCCGGUCGGCGGGGGCGCCCGCCCCGGCAGGGGCGGCCUCGGGUUGAGGGCGCGGCUGGCCCUGCCGCUGCCCGCGGCUGCAAGGGAACGGGGGCGGCAGGCUGCAACUUCCAUCACGCCGAGCCGGACCUGCGCCAAGGCUUGGCCGCUGGUCCGCGACAUAUCAUUCCGCCGCACCCUGGGGGAGGCGGACCUGGACGAACUCCGCGCCAUGUCGCUGGGCGGCGGCGGCGGCGGGGGUGGCGGCGGCGGCGGAGGCGCGGGCGCGCAUCACUAG